UAAAUGAGCCGCGACCUCGCCCAGCUCUUCUUCCUCCUCCUCCUCCUCUAGCUAGGGCUAAGCUGAUCUUCUCCCCCUUCGCCGGCCGCUCCACCCCCACCGAUCCAGCCCCUGCCAGAUUCCAGUCGCUGACAAGACAAAGCCCGUCAUUGGUUACACUUCCAAGUGCAUCGCCUUGACCAUCGUUUGUAUACUCUUGUUUUCUUCUCUGUGCUUGUUCGGGAUCGUGUUCUUGAGAACCUCCCUGUAUCAUCUCGAGCAUACGCAAUUUCUUCGUUUGUCCCUUAAGCAGUUCCAUGCCAUCCAGUUUGGCACCUAUGGCUACAUCCAGUUUGAUAUCAUUGCAUACCAAUUGUUCUAGUUGUUUCUGUUGUUUUUCGUCCUAUCCACAUGUCCUCAAUUUGCUCUCCCCAUAUUUUUGCCUCCUCUGCUCUUUCCAAAGUUGCCUUGGAACUUUGAGCUCUUCAAGAUGCCUAGACGGACAGAAGAAGCUGAACCAAAAGAAUGCUUGGAGUUUGAUGAUAAUGAAGAGGAAGAGGUAGAAGAGGAAGAAAUUGAGUAUGAAGAAAUUGAGGAGGAGGUAGAGGAGGAGGUGGAGGUGGAGGAGGAGGAUAUUUCAGAGGAAGUGGAGGAGGUAGAGGAGGAGGAGGAAGACCCUGAAGAAAGAGAAGUUCUUGAUGAAAUUGAUGCUAGUCAUGACAGUGACAGUAAAUCGGAAGUUGUUCCUCUUCCUCAGCAGGAUGGUGCCAGAGAUGGGAGCGAUAAAGAGAAGCAUGCCGAACUUCUUGCUCUUCCUCCUCAUGGAUCUGAAGUAUAUUUUGGGGGCAUCUCCAGCGAUGCAUCUUCUGACGAUCUCAAGAAACUAUGUGAGCCAGUUGGCGAAGUUGUGGAAGUUAGAAUAAUGCUGAGCAAGAAGGAUAGUAGGGGAUAUGCUUUUGUUACUUUCAGAACUAAUGACCUGGCUUUGAAGGCCAUCGAGAAAUUGAACAAGGCAACUUUCAAGGGAAAGAAGCUAAGAGUUUCUUCCUCCCAGGCUAAGAACAAGCUAUUUGUUGGAAAUAUACCUCACAGUUGGUCAUUUGAUGAUUUUAAAAAAGCAGUGGAAGAAGUUGGUCCUGGAGUAUUAAAAGUUGAUCUGAUUAAGGAUCCACGUACAGAUCGCAAUCGGGGUUAUGGUUUCGUUGAAUACUAUAAUAAUGCAUGCGCUGAGUAUUCAAGGCAGAAGAUGACUGCACCAAAUUUCAAAUUAGAUACAAAUGCUCCUACUGUCAGCUGGGCAGAUCCUAAGAAUGGGGAUUCUGCCUCUACAGGCUCUACGUCACAGGUCAAAUCUGUAUAUGUCAAAAACCUGCCCAAGAAUGUUACUCAAGGGCAGCUGAAAAAGCUGUUUGAGCGCCAUGGUGAAAUCAUAAAAAUUGUUCUCCCCCCUUCAAAAGAUGGUCAUGAUAAUAGGUAUGGUUUUGUUCACUUUAAAGACCGCCACAUGGCCAUGAAGGCUGUGAAGAGCACAGAGAAAUAUGAGCUUGACGGUGAGCUUUCUUCUUGUGUUGGAAUGCUGUACUAUGUCUUGUUUGUUCUGUUUGGUGCAUUUAAGGUAAUAAAUAUUUCUUUAACAGGUCAGCUCCUGGACUGCUCACUCGCAAAACCUCCUGCUGAUAAAAAAGACGAUACAGUAUCAUUGCCUACUGCCAAAGGAGGUCCGUUGCUCCAUGCUCCGCUUGGAUAUGGUAUGCCACGGCCAGAUCCUUAUGGUGCGCCUCCUGCUUAUGGUGCCCCUCCUGCUUAUGGUGCACCUCCUGCUUAUGGUGGACAGCCUCUGCUCUAUGCUCCAGGAGCUCCUCCAGGUGCAGCAAUGGUUCCAAUGCUUCUACCGGAUGGCCGUCUUGUAUAUGUUGUGCAACAGCCUGGAGCGCAGCAACAUUUCGCUUCCCCUCCGCCCCAGGUGCGGCAACAUCAGCAUUUCACAUCUCCUCCGCCACAGGCACGACAAAUUGGUCGCCAUGGUGGCAGCGGUGGCGGUGGAGGCAGUGGUGGAUCAAGUAGGUCCGGGUCCGGUACAAAGCGCCCAAGGGGAGAUGACAACAACAGCAGCAGUCGCAACCGACAACGCCGGUAUUGAUCGCAGGAGGUGUAUGGUGGUGCUUCGGUUCUAGCGCCAGCUAAUUGUGUAAUAAGUACUUGUCGCCCCGGUCGGAUUUUCCUACAAACCUGCUUAACCCGGUGAACUGUGAAACCCGCAUCACUAUUCGUUCGGAACUGUGUUAGGUCACCUCGAGGUAGUUUUGGUUUGUCUAGGCGUAAUUUCGUGUACUGUGGAUCAAGUUUAGAAAUGGCAAGAACAGCAUCGGUGUCUGA